ACAGGAUAUUUUUUUCAAAAUGGGACAGAGUAGUGGGGUGCAGGAAUACUGCUUAAGAUGGAACAACCAUCACAGCACGCUAGUGUCUGUGAUGGAUGUGCUUCUUCAAAAGGGUAGCCUGGUUGAUGUUACCUUGGCUGCCGAAGGGAAGUCUAUUCAAGUGCAUCGUUUGGUUUUAUGUCCCUGUUCUAAUUACUUUCAGGAACUACUCUCAUUACAUUGGGAUAAACAAGCUGUUGUAUUCCUAAAAGAUGUCAAGUUUGAUCACUUACAAGCACUGGUAGACUACAUGUACAGGGGAGAAGUAAAUGUAUCCCAGGAUCAACUAACUGCAUUUUUAAAUACAGCAGAGGCCUUAAAGAUCAAAGGGUUAGCUGAUGGUGAUCGGGACAGAAAGAAUAAAAAGAGAAUUUUGGAUAAAGCCAUGCAUUCCUCUUCUCCAUCAUCAUCAUCAGUCACCGAGUCACCCAAACGAGUUCGCAAACAAUCCAAAGAAGAUACACCUCCCACAGACAAAACCUAGCUAUCUCAACACCAUUUGCCUUCUCUUGUUCGCAUUCCACCUACAGCCGCAACUCCUGUCGCAGCGCCCAAUGAUCGAAGAAGCCCCGUCCCAUCUCCCACAGAUAACCGCCCUGAUGACGAUUUGCACUCUAAUUCGGCAACCGAUAACCUAAACAUUGAAAUUGAAGACGGAGAGGAAUAUUCAAUGGUAGAACCCAAGAUUGAAACUGAGCUUGAAGCUGAUUACAGUGGUGGUAGUGGUGAUGAAGAGGAUUGGAGCGAUUCAGAAUAUCCAUCUAGGAUCGACGCAUCGCGUAGCAUGAAAGAUUGUGUUUUUCAGUUUAUCCCGUGACUUUGUUCAUAUUUG